AUGCCGUCUCCGAUCGUUGCCGCUACACUCCAGGCUGCGGGCCUGUCGACCGUCUCUAAUAUCCUUGCCCAGAUCAUUGAGGCUCGUCAACAGAGUCGUCCGGUCUCCCUAGACAUCGUCCAGCUUCUGCGCUUUGUCUCCCUCACAUUGAUGACCGCUCCCCCAAACUAUCACUGGCAAGGGUAUCUGGAGCGAACAUUUCCCGCCUAUCCUGCUUCUAGAGGACCCCAGCUUGGGCGUUUGAAUGAUCUCGAGAUGCAGCCUACCGAAGAUGCACCCGAGCUCAAAGAGGGCUAUGAGGAGCGCAUGGCGCAGAUCAACAAGGAUAGAGAGCCUCAGUUCAGCAUGCGCAACACUUUUACCAAGUGGUUCGUCGAUUGCAUCAGUGCGGGAGCUAUCAUGAACACGAUUGCGUUUUUGAUCAUCAUGGGCUUGCUCAAAGGUCAGGGCGGUUCUCAGAUCUGGAGCAACAUCAAGACAGAAACUAUUCCCAUCAUUGUGGCUGGCUACAAGAUUUGGCCUAUUGCAUCCAUCAUCAGCUUCACUUUCAUUCCUGUUCAUCGACGAAUCGUGUUUUUGAGCUUCAUUGGUCUUCUAUGGGGAAUCUACAUGAGUCUAGUGGCUUCGCGAGUAUAG